AUGGACCCCGAGGCGCCGGCGAGCUGUCGCACGGUGUCGUUCGACGCGUCGCAGGAAACGCAUUACGUCAUCGUCGUGCACGGCACGUUCGACGCGCCGCCUGUAGACGGGUCGCGCACGUGGUACCAGCCCGCGGCGCCCGGCGAAAUCAAUUUCUGCAGCAAGAUCGACGCGCGCCUCGCGGAGGGACCGCUCGGCGGCGGGUGCGUGUGGCGCGAGCUGCCGGUGGAGCCGCCGGCGCGACUCCGCAUUCCGUAUCCGUUUCACUGGGACGGCACGAACACGCAUGAAGGGCGCAUCGACGCCUCGCACAAGGUUGUUACGCUAGUCACCAACUACGAUACCCCGGAGCAACAUGUAGUGACUCACGCGCACGCACGGCGGCCCCUCUCCCUCAACCUCGCCCCACCUCAUCCCCCCCUUCCCGCUCAUCUCCCACCUUCCCCUCAUCUCUCCCUCCCGCUCAUCUCCCCCCUCCCGCUCAUCUCUCCCUCCCGCUCAUCUCUCCCUCCCGCUCAUCUCUCCCUCCCGCUCAUCUCCCCCUCCCCUUCAUCUCCCCCCUCCCGCUCAUCUCCCCCCUCCCGCUCAUCUCCCCCCUCCCGCUCAUCUCUCCCUCCCGCUCAUCUCUCCCUCCCGCUCAUCUCUCCCUCCCGCUCAUCUCCCCCCUCCCGCUCAUCUCUCCCUCCCGCUCAUCUCUCCCUCCCGCUCAUCUCUCCCUCCCGCUCAUCUCCCCCCUCCCGCCCAUCUCCCCCCUCCCGCUCAUCUCCCCCCUCCCGCUCAUCUCUCCCUCCCGCUCAUCUCCCCCCUCCCGCUCAUCUCUCCCUCCCGCUCAUCUCUCCCUCCCAUUCAUCUCUCCCUCCCGCUCAUCUCCCCCCUCCCGCCCAUCUCCCCCCUCCCGCUCAUCUCCCCCCUCCCGCUCAUCUCCCCCCUCCCGCUCAUCUCUCCCUCCCGCUCAUCUCUCCCUCCCGCUCAUCUCCCCCCUCCCGCUCAUCUCUCCCUCCCGCUCAUCUCUCCUUCCCGCUCAUCUCCCCCCUCCCGCUCAUCUCUCCCUCCCAUUCAUCUCCCCCUCCCGCUCAUCUCCCCCUCCCGCUCAUCUCUCCCUCCCGCUCAUCUCUCCCCUCCCGCUCAUCUCCCCCCUCCCUCUCAUCUCCCCCCUCCCGCUCAUCUCUCCCUCCCGCUCAUCUCUCCCUUCCCUUCAUCUCCCCCCUCCCGCUCAUCUCCCCCCUCCCGCUCAUCUCCCCCCUCCCGCUCAUCUCCCCCCUCCCGCUCAUCUCCCCCCUCCCGCUCAUCUCUCCCUCCCGCUCAUCUCUCCCCUCCCGCUCAUCUCCCCCCUCCCGCUCAUCUCCCCCCUCCCGCUCAUCUCCCCCCUCCCGCUCAUCUCCCCCCUCCCGCUCAUCUCUCCAUCCCAUUCAUCUCCCCCCUCCCGCUCAUCUCCCCCCUCCCGCUCAUCUCUCCCUCCCGCUCAUCUCCCCCCUCCCGCUCAUCUCCCCCCUCCCGCUCAUCUCUCCCUCCCGCUCAUCUCUCCCUCCCGCUCAUCUCUCCCUCCCGCUCAUCUCCCCCUCCCGCUCAUCUCCCCCUCCCGCUCAUCUCUCCCUCCCGCUCAUCUCCCCCCUCCCCCUCUACCAGGCGCACCAGCUGUGGAUGUGCCGGGGGGAUGUGAUAACACACAGCGACCCCUCUUACCCCAUCUCCCAACCUCAUCUCCCAACCUCAUCUUCCUCCUCCCCAUCUCUCCCCCCACCCACUUCUCCCUCGCUCUUCUCCCCACAGCUGGCGCGCCUGCUGGACCUGAUAGCGAAUGGCGACCCCUCAGCGCGCAUCCACGUCAUCGCGCACUCCCACGGGGGCAACGUGCUGCUUAAAGCCAUCGAGCUCUUUCCUCCUCUCUCUCCUCUUCCCCACCCGCUGCCACCCUGCCCCCCUGCCACAAACCGCACGGCAGUACAUGAAGCGCCAGGGAAGCAAGGCCGUGUCGGACCUCCCGCCACCU